AAAAAUGUCAACUUUUCUCCCUCUUAAUGUAGUUCUUUUCAAAAAAGUAAAGCCAUGUAUCAGGAGAUUCCUUGACGCAUUCCAAAUGGUGAAACACUCUUUGUAUGGAUAGGUGAACAAUCUUAUAUUGCUAAAAUGUGUAUGCAGUUGUAAUUUGUGUAAAAAAUUUGCAGGAGGAAGUGGAAGAGCAUGGGAAAGAUGAAGAUGUAGAAGACAUAGUGCAUGAAGAGGAAAACGUCUGGGAAGAGGGCACCAAGCCGGAAUUUAAAGACGGAAGACAACUAGUGGAGUGGCUUGAAAGAAAGCUGCCAUAUAUGGAGGAGGAAGACAUGGAAGCAACUACCGAAGAGGAAUACAUGGAAGGGAUCAUUCCUGAAGAAUGCAUGGGAGGGACCAUUCAUGACAAAAGCAUGGAAAAGUCCAUUGAUGACGAAAGCAUGGAAGGUAUAAUUGAUGACGAAAUCAUGGAAGAGACCAUUUAUGACGAAAUCAUGGAAGGGAUCAUUCAUGACGAAAGCAUGGAAGAGACCAUGAUGGAGGAAGGCGGGGUAGAGGCCUUUAAAGUGAAAGAUACUAAAGAGACUAAAAGUACCGCACAGUAUGUUGAGGAAGAAAAUGACGAGGAGGAAAAUGAUCUUCAUCCUUAUAUUAAAAUGAUGAGAAGUCCUUUGGUUGUGGAAGGAUUUUUAAUAAAGAAUAAAGACAACAUCACAAACAUAAGAAAAGAAAGCAAAGAUCUGAUAAAUGAGGCUCUGUUGUCUGACGAUAAGAAGAAGAAUGGAAAGGAAAAUAAGAAUCAUGGGGAAAAAGCAAAGAAAGGGAGGAGAGCCAUUUUGUUCCUUUUUCGAUUGUUCGGAAGAUAAGGAAAUCUGAUACAAUUUCCACAAAAUGAACAGUGAAAUGUGAUGAUAUUUUGAUAUCUUAUUGUAAAAAGUUAUUUUAAAUGUUUGAAGUAUUUAAUUGCUUAAUAAACGGACUCAAAAUAAA